UUCAGUUGCUACACCGAACCAAAGCCCUGUUCGUAGAAUGGUAUACAAAAAAUCCCUGAUUUGAUUUUGGUACCUUGAGAUUCCUUUCUCUCUCUCUCUCUCUCUCUCUCUGUGGCUCUGAAAGAAUGGCCGCCAGCAUGUUUAGCAGAGUUGCAUCAUGUAAUAAGCUUGUCAAACCCUGUUACUCUUCUUCUCUUUUGUCAUACUUCAUCCCACACGAGUCUCAACAUCUAAACCCCAACCCUAUUCCCCUUACGCCCUUGUUCACCCAAUAUUCCAAUUCAAUUUCCCCACAAAACUUGUCUACCUCCAUUUCUAAUCUCUCCAACUUCCCCAUAUACAAAUCCCAAUCUUCACAAUACCAUAAACCCAUAAAUUUCAAUCAUAUUCUGAUCAGAUCUUACACAACUUCAAGUCCAAGUCCCAGAUUCACAAAUCAACUACACUUGCUAGAUAAAUACCCCCGAAACCCUAACUCUAAUUGGUUGUUCACACAUGAAAAACCCAAGUACUUCUCUAGCUCUGAUUCAUCAUCAUCAUCAUCACCACCUGAUGGUGAAAUACCCCCAAACCCUAGUCCAUACCCUAGUCAAAACCCUGGAUUCAAGCACCAAGAGAUUGAGGGACCGACUGUGGAGCGAGAUGUCUCCGCACUGGCCAAUGAGACACGACAAGUCCUCGAAACCAUGAUGAAGAACAUCUAUGGCCUGAGCAAGGCAUUAGCUAUUCUGGGUCUGGUCCAGCUUGGGUUGGGAGCUUGGAUUUCCUACAUUACUCAGUCUUCGGCAAUUGUGGAGGUUUCAAUUCAGAGUUCUAUGGCUUUUGGAUUCCCCUUCGCUUUGGCAUUCUUGUUGCGGCGGUCGCUGAAGCCCAUGUACUUCUUUAAGAAGAUGGAAGAGCUUGGUAGGUUGCAGAUUUUGACUUUAACUCUUCAAAUUGCUAAGAACUUGAAUUUGCUUUUCUUGCGAGUUCGUAGUGUUUCCUACUUGUGUAUUGCAGGAGCUUCAGUUGGGUUGGUGUUUACCGCACUUUCAAGAUCAACUUAAAUCACAUGUCACAACUUUCCAUUACAUUGUCAUUAAUUUGGUCCUUUUUUUUUCGUGGGAUUUUCACAUGGUAUCUAUAUUCGUAAUAAUUUUGAAGUAUGGUAUACCCUUGAUUGGGUAUUUUUAUUUCAGUCUUCAAGUUACUUCUCAUCAAUUUGAAACGUAGCUGUACUGCUUUUAUUUUAAUAACUUUUUUACUCUGGAAUCUGCUGUUAUGUACAAGUAGGACAAACAAUAUGAUGAUCAAAGCUUUCAUGUUGAAGCUUGAUAAUGAUUUUAUGCUGCAAUUCAUAUAGGGACAAAAUGUGUUUAAUA